UGAAGACAGAGAGAGAAGGGCGCUCGCUGCAUGUUGACUUCGCUGGGACGCCACUGCCGUUAAUAAAUUAGCUAUAAUUUAAUCUGCUUCGGUUUAUUGGUCACAGUGUGACGUCCCUAAAUAAAAAGCUCAGAUACAUUUAAGAAGCAGACAGGAUUUCUGUCUAGUGCCGCCUGUCCAAUGAAGAGCACUUAGCGGAUUUGACCGAACUCACAUCUUCUCUUCCCAGCCUAUUCUUUGACGUUUGACUAGUGGCUCUGUUCUGCGUGGACCGCUCGCUGCGCACCCGCGUGAGAAUUGGAAACAUUCGAAAGGGACUCGCAAGCGGCCAGGCUGAGUGAACCGGGGAGUUGGCCCGGGUCCCCCGCGCGCAUGGAGGGAGACGUCAUGGACAAGCUGGAUAGCAAGGCUGCGGUGUGUGACUUCGAUCCCAUCGCAGGAAGCAUUCCAGCCACCAAAGUGGAGAUCACGGUGUCAUGCAGGGAUCUGCUGGAUAGAGACACGUUCUCCAAGUCUGAUCCAUUGGUGGUGUUGUACACUCAGGGUGUGGAGACCAAACAGUGGCGAGAGUUUGGGAGAACGGAAGUGAUCGACAACACUCUUAACCCAGACUUCGUCAGGAAGUAUAUCCUGGACUACUUCUUUGAGGAAAAGCAGAAUCUUCGCUUUGACGUAUAUGAUAUUGAUUCCAAAAGUCCAGAUAUGGCAAAGCACCCCUCCGACAUUGACGACUUCUUGGGCCAGGUGUUUUGUACCCUGGGUGAGAUCGUAGGUUCCCCUGCCAGUCGCCUGGAGAAACCCCUGGGGGGUAUCCCUGGCAAGAAAUGUGGUACAAUCAUCCUUUCUGCUGAGGAGCUGGGAAACUGCAGAGAAGUUGUCACCAUGCAGUUCUGUGCCCACAAGUUGGACAAGAAGGACUUCUUUGGGAAGUCGGACCCCUUCAUGGUGUUCUACAGGAGUAAUGAGGAUGGGACGUUCACCAUCUGCCAUAAGACUGAGGUGGUGAAGAACACUCUGAACCCCGUCUGGCAGCCCAUCUCCAUCCCAGUCAGGGCCAUCUGCAAUGGAGACUUUAACAGGACAAUCAAGGCAGAGGUUUACGACUGGGACCGAGAUGGCAGCCACGACUUCAUCGGUGAAUUCACCACCAGCUACAGAGAUCUCUCCAGGGGCCAGAGCCAGUUCAAUGUCUACGAGGUGGUGAACGCCAAGAAGAAGCUCAAGAAGAAGAGGUACAUGAACUCUGGGACGGUGACCUUGCUGUCGUUCACGGUGGAGUCUGAACACACAUUCCUGGACUACAUCAAAGGAGGGACCCAGAUUCACUUCACGGUGGCCAUUGACUUCACCGCGUCCAAUGGUAACCCGUCCCAAUCCACCUCUCUGCACUAUAUGAAUCCAUACCAGAUGAAUGCGUACGCCAUGGCCCUGAAGGCAGUAGGGGAGAUCAUCCAGGAUUACGACAGUGAUAAGAUGUUCCCUGCUCUGGGGUUUGGAGCCAAGCUGCCCCCGGAUGGAAGGGUCUCCCACGAGUUUCCCCUGAAUGGCAACAUAGAGAACCCGUACUGCAAUGGAAUGGAGGGCAUUCUAGACGCAUACCAUCAGAGCCUAAAGACUGUCCAACUCUAUGGACCAACCAACUUUGCUCCGGUUGUCAACCAUGUGGCUAAGUAUGCAGCUGCUGUGCAGGAUGGCUCUCAGUACUUUGUACUGCUCAUCAUCACAGACGGCGUCAUAUCAGACAUGGCCCAGACCAAGGAAGCUAUCGUCAACGCUGCUAAGCUUCCGAUGUCGAUCAUCAUUGUCGGAGUGGGACAAGCGGAGUUUGAUGCCAUGGUGGAGUUGGAUGGUGAUGACAUCAGGAUCUCCUCGAGGGGGAAGCUGGCAGAGAGAGAUAUUGUGCAGUUUGUCCCAUUCAGAGACUACAUGGACCGCACAGGUAACCACGUGUUGAGCAUGGCCCGGCUGGCCAAGGACGUUCUGGCUGAGAUCCCGGACCAACUCAUCCUCUACAUGAAGAACAGAGGCAUCAAACCCUGUUCCCUCCCUCCGCCCUAUGAAGAACCCGGCGCUGAGGACCACGACCACACCCUGACCACCCCCAUCUGAGUUCCACACACACCCCCGAUCUGAGGCCCCAACCCUGGGGAGGACGUGAGGCAAUGGUGGGUGGCAGUCUGAAUGGUGGACCACUCGUGGAGAACACCAAAUGGAAAUGUGGAAAUGCUUGGCGGCAUCUUCCUUUUAUUGUUUUAAUUUUUUAUCUGGGUUGUCAUGCGGAAAACAAUUAAGUCUCCAUUUUGUUUGGAGCGAACCUUCAGAGACUGUUUUGGAGAAAGGCCCUUCCUUUUUGAGUUUUGUUCUGAAUUUCAUAGCUUGAUGGAAGCUGGCAGAAAGAGCCACAGGAUGCAAUACAGAGUAAGAAAGGAAAUGAGGAAGGAAAGAAAGGUGCAGCAGGACAUGGCAUGAUGUUAGGUGUAAGUGGUGUUGUAAAGAGUAGCAUAACAUUUUUAGUGAAGGUAUUUUUUAGGAAAUUGUUGUGUAACUACAUGCCGGUCAGUAUCACGUUUCUACGUGUUACCGUUUGGAGUGUGUGUUGGACUCUGGAAACAUUCAAUUUAUUGUUUAUUUAUUGUAAAAAAAAAAAAAAAAAGAAGGUAUUUAUUCAUGUUGGGGGAUCCAAAGUCAUUUUUCUUCAUAUUUUAACAUUUCUAUUUAUUCAUUUCUAUUUGGUGGGGAGUUGGAUCUUGACAUAAUUAUUUAUUCACACUUCGAACGAGUACAGUAAUAUAAAGCAUGUGAUAGAAAAGGUUAAACUGUUUAGAAAUAGUUGUCAGUAAUCAAGAUGAAUCCUUUUCUAUUUUCGACUAACAGUAACAUUGGGACCCAUGCUUGUAAUGAUUUCCCAGCAUCCUGCAUUUCCCAGUGCAGCAUGUAUCAACACAAUGCACUAACGGCUGUCCAAAUAAGAAGCACAAAGAUCAUACACAACAUUAAUAUGACGACAAACAGGCAACCCCAUCAAAGACAUUGGAAAGGAUUGCACAGUUGCAGAAUGAAAUGUCUUCCAACUCUAGAAUGCUGUCAUAACCAAGAAGAAAUCCAGAAUAAAUUAACUCCCUCGUAGUUUAAGCAAUAAGACAUGGGGAUUGAAGCAAACUAACAGCAAUGCGAUGUGGGGAUUUGUAGCAUCUGGCCAAUAUAUCACGGAUAAGGACUGUUCUUAUAGACAACGGAAAGCAGAUAGAGGCCAUUGCUGUGGUAUGUUGACAGUACACCACAAAAACCACUCUGCAUUAUAGUUAUUCCAAAACCAAUUAGCAAUACAAUUCAAACAGGACUAUUUAAGGGUUUCAGAUACACAUGGUAUACAGUCUCAUAUACCAAUGGCUUUCAGCAUUCAGGGUUAGACCUAUACGAUUUACAAUACAGUUUGUAUGUGCAGUCAGGCCCGAUCAUAGGAACGGUAUUUAAAUGGUAUUAGCAGGUGGGUAGAAGGCCCUGGUAGGGCAUUGUAGAGUCCUUCCAUUGUAUUUGCUGUGGUUGGUGUUAUAUGUUUUAUUCUUCUUUAAACUUUGCAUGCAGUGCCAUGGAUAUCAAGUGAGAUUAGCAAAAACCGUGAGAAGGUGCCCAAAUGCUGAUUACACACUUUUUGCAAAGUGUCAUGUCAGCUAUAUUUAUUAUUUGUGUAACAAUAGAUUAUUUUAUUGCCCCAGAGGAGUUGAAUACUGGAACAAUCCUUUCUGCACAGUACGGAACAGUUAGCAGACAACAGACAGGGAGUGUAGCCUAUUUACUCAUGCUUUUGGCGAUCGUACUAUAUAUUACGUUUGUUCCCAAUAACAGUUAACAGACAGUCGACACAGUAAAAGAGCAGUUGACACACAGUACCAAUUGUCUAACUAAAUUUCAGUCUUACACGUGUUGCCAUUUGUCUACAUACAUGUUCAGGUGACUGACUGGGGUUUGAACCAGGGUUUCACGUUUACACAGUUGUAUUAACCCACAGAGGGAAAGCCUAGCAAUUUGGGUUCUCAUUGUUGACGUAUUGAAACAGAUUGUUGAUGCAUUGCCAUGUUUAAAGAUGCAGUCUGGGACUUUUGCGUUAAAUUAUUCUUAUUAUUUAUUUAUUUUUAUGUUUAUAUCCUGUAAGGUAUCUACAAGUAGGAUCCCCAUCAUUCAUCAGUCAGCCAUGAAAUUUCAAGUUUGAAAGUGAGCACUUUUGGUGACAUGGGGCACAUAUUGGCACAUAUUACAAAACAUUUCUGACCCUUUUUAGCUCAAUAUUGCCAGAGGCCAAAAAUUGCAGACUGCAUCUUGUAGUUGUUAAUGCAGGACGAUCUUUACGUUGUUGAUACAUUGCCAUCUUUAAGUUGUUACUACAUUAUCAUCUUUAUGUUCUUGAUACAUUUGCCAUCUUUAAGUUGUUACUGUAUUAUCAUCUUUACGUUCUUGAUACAUUUGCCAUCUUUAAGUUGUUACUGUAUUAUCAUCUUUACGUUCUUGAUACAUUUGCCAUCUUUAAGUUGUUAAGUUGUCGAUACAUUGCCAUCUUAAAGUUGUUGAUGCAUUACCACAUCCAUUAAGUUGUCGAUACAUUUCCAUGUUUUAGUUGUUGAUGCAUUACAACAUUCAUUAAGUUGUCGAUACAUCGCCUUCCUGGAGGAGCUGUGUCUUCUCUGCCUGGUCAGGCUGAAGUGGGAAAACACCAGAUGGGUAAAAUCUGUCUACAAUAUUGAUUGUGUGUUUUUCUACAGUGGAUGGAUGUGCGUAUUGUGUCUUCUUUUGUUGAGUUAAAGACCAAAACGGCCCAUGCAGUCCUGGAUACAGUAUGCCCAGAAGGUGUGUUACGAAAGCACAUUCGAUAAUCCAGUAUCUAAAUGAUCCAAAUGUGCCUACAGUGUGGAAACUCAAAACUCCGUUCAACAUUAUGUUAGUUUCAUAGCCACAGUUUAGUUCCCCAAUUAUACUGUUGGAACGUAUAAUUACUAACGUCUAGAAUUAUGACUGUUUCACUUGUGAAGUUAAGCCACGUGAACUUAACAAAUAUGUAUUAACUAUUAUUACUUUGUCUGUAGCGACAGAUGUGCUACUAUACUUUUGUAUUGACUGAGAACAAUGCACGCAGGGCCAGAAAAUCUAUUUUACAAAAGGUAGUGGAAGUAUACUGCAUGAAUGACAACAAGGUUUUGUUGUACAUUUUUCAAAGUCAGCACUUGUUUACAAUUUUGCCUGGCUGGCUAAAGCUAUCUUUACAUUGCCUCGAGAUGUGAGUACAUAUUGAUAGAAAAGUUCAAAGUUAUCUGUGCGAGAGGUCUAGUUUUUAAAUCUGUUCGUUAGUUUGCUCCUGAAUAUUUGUCCUUUUUUAAAAGAUCAUUAAAGGUGUUGUUUAUUCCUCAGACGUGCAUAGAUUCUGUGAUUAGGAAGAGCUGUGAACUGGUAGUAAACAAGUGAUGUUUUCCUGUUUUUAUUUUUGUUGUUGUUGUCAAAUUCAAUAAAUAUGUGUCUUUGGUUUA